AUGGGUGGACAAUACUACAACGUUUUUGGCCAGAAGGUCGCCUCCCAAUACCUUGCCAUGGGUGUUCUUGGCUCCCUCUUCGGCGGUGUCUAUCUUGCUUCCGGCGGCAGCAAGUCGACCCCUGCUACUCCCCCCAUCAACGCCUCCAGCUCUGAUGAGGCCGACUUCAUCAAGAAGUUCCUCGAGACCUCCGAGGCCACCGAGAAGCAGGAUGCUGCCGCUGCCGCUGCCCCCGCCAAGCACUAA